UUUCCAAAUGUCUAUGUUUGCCUAAAUCUUAAUUUAUUUGUUAACUGCUGCUUUAUAACCUAUUGGCUCUUUUCCAUUCUCAUUUUCUUGAUUCUCUUGUGUAGAUAUCUUCCCUUGCCGGUGAGUGCUCUUUGUUUGAUUGCUGCCACAGCAUUCUGUGCAGAGUAUCUUCUAUUCUACUUUCACUCAACAACACACAAAGGCCUUGAGGGAUAUUACCAUGUCCUCCUUGCUUUCCUCAUUGGCCUUUGCAUUAUAUCUUCAAUUGCAGGGGCCCUUCUGUCUACCAGCUUCCCAGUAGAUUUAUGUAAUGGCAUUGCCAUAACGCUGCAAGGAAUCUGGUUCUAUCAGACUGCAUUUGUUCUUUAUGGUCCCAUGCUACCCUCUGGUUGUAGGCUCAAGGAUAGUCAUAUCACAUGCCAUGCAAAAGAGAGUGAGGUUCGGGCUGAACUGCUUGCUAAUGUUCAACUCUUUGUUGCAGUACUCACUGUUCUUGUAGGAACUGUAGCAUCCUAUGGCUUUGCAGCUUCAAGAUAUAUGCCAACUGUGAAAAACUUGCAACCAAUUCAAGUUGAGUUAGACAAGGAAUGAAGUACCAACGCAAUGCAGCAUGGUUGACACAUGAUUUUUUUCUUUAAAUUUGUUGUCAGAGAUUUGUUCCUCAAGUUAAUAUAAGUUGAAAAGUAUCAAUCUCUUAAACAAAUCUCAUUACUUUCAUAGUGAUUGACUCUGUGCUGGGAAUAUCUUAGUAAAAGAAAAGAAGAAGAUGAGGAAUGCAGUUGGUUUUGCAGUAUA